GAAACUUGACGUUUAUAGAAGAAAAAAAUUUUUUUUUGUCUUAUCUGUAAACAUUGACAAUUUUGUUUUAUAAAUUGAAAAUUGAAUGUGAAAUGCAGCAAUGUUCUGUUAGAUUGUGAUCGCCCUACAUAGUGAUAAACAUUGUUAUAAGAUGACGUCUGUUUACAACGAGGGCAAGUCAGUUAUCCGUCCGAUAGCGUUCAAGCCGCUGGGCGGGCGUCUCUCUGCGGGCGGAGAGCGAUAUGGAUCCACUCCGGUGCUCGCUACAAGGCCACCGUCGCAUAUGACUCUGUACGGAAGCUCAUCAGACGUACGUGAAGGUCGUUGGUGCAGUUCGCCCCAGCCCGCCUCGCUGUCCGCUCUUCCACCCGCUACGCUCUCCACUCCGCUUCAUCAAAGACACCACUCAGCUAUAGUAACGAAGUCUACGUCAGUACUAAGCGGGGACAGCAAGGAGCCCGCGCCUGCGCCCUCGCCGGCUGACUCCGGAGUCUCGGAACUGGAGAGAGACCACCAUGACUAUAGUACAACGGACCGUCUCCGGCACGAGGCUCGUCUCCGAGCUCCCCGUGGCCUCAUGCUACAGAGCUUCGGCAGCCGUCGAGACGAGAGGGACGCCGAACUCGCCAGGGUCAGGCGAGACAGAGCGCUCUUACGACAGAGACUUGAGGAUACCGAAUGGAGUCUAUGCCAGCGGGCGGGGGAAAUCGCUCUGUUAAAGACACAACUGAAGGAUGCUCAGAACGAGCAGACAACAAAGGGCCACGAAUAUCUCACACUAAAAGCUGACUGCCGCCAGCUGAGGGAGACGCUCGACAAAAAAGACAAAGAAAUCAUGAGACUCCGAGCCGAAUCGGACGAGAAACAGAAAAACGUGAACAGACUCCAAUCCGAAGUGGACAGACUCACGGCCGACCUGAGAGACAACAUCGCGGACCUGAACAAAACAAAGGAAACGAACAAGAACGAAAUAGACAAACUGAAGACCGAACUCAAGGAGCUAAGACAAGAACUGUCUGACGUUUCUCUUAGCGGAUACGAGGGUAUCGAAUGCGGGAGGACCAUGAGGGGGAUAUAUGACGUUUGCAAAACAAAUGAAUACCACUGGACGUCCAGUGACUCGGCACUAGAAGACGCCGAAGUCCAAAGGCUGAAUGGGGAAAUGCCGGACGCGUGCGGAGACCACUGCCCCGCGAACUCAAUCCUUGACCGCCUCAAGCACGAGUUGCAAAACAAAGAGACCCAAUUCAACAACGAAAGGAGGAAAUGGUCCGAGGAGAAGGACAAGGUGCUAAGAUACCAGAAGCAGUUACAGAUGAACUACGUGCAGAUGUUCAAGAGAUCGCGCACGCUCGAAGCCGAAGUCGACGGACUGAGACUGGAGCUCGAGUUGAGCAACAAGAACAUGAAGAAUAUAAACAAACACGGGAAGGCAAUAGAACUUUAAUACCAAAUCUAAAAUUAAUAUUUAUCUUACACAUACUGUAAAUAUACGUUGUCGGAGUGUCUUGCCGGCGUCGGAAUCGCGCGUAAUAAUACUCUGGCGGUGACGUCACUUGUUAGUUUAAGAUAUACGUUGUCUGUGGAUUUCGGAAACGUGGAAUCUAUCGAUUUGUGCUAUUUUUAUAAGAUAAAAAUAAGUUAUUAUAAUGAAAAUAAAAUAUUUCGAAUUGAGAA